AUGCAGUUCAGACUCGCAAAGCCCCCACAGGCAACCAGAACAGCGGCGGAGGUGGUGGCCAUGGUGGUACUGGCAGUGGUGGAGGUGGAAGUGGUGGAGGACGAGGAGGAGGACGUAGUGGUGGACAUAGUGGUGGCUGUGGCGGACGUGGCGACUCAGCAUCUUCUCCCCUCAUCCACCCCCAUUCCCACCAAUCCCACUCCUCCACCCACACCUCCGCCUCAAGCCCCUCCCACUCACUAUCCCCCACCCUAUGCUGGCUGGCCUUACCCUCCCUAUGCUGGAUAUGGCUAUGGACCCCCCGCAUCUGCUGCUAAUGCUGCUGAACAGCCCUCCUCCUCCAGCAACCCUCCUGGCUUUACUCCGUUCCCCUCUGCUGGAUUCAUAGGACAUGUCCACCCCCCCCCUCCCUCCAAUCUCUCACAUCCGUCCCCCUUCGCCGCCACCAUAGCACCUCCCCUCCCCCCCGCACCAGCACCUCAGGUUCUCUCAGCAGUCGCGCUCCCAUCUCCCUGCCCCUCAUUGCAACUAAGCGAAGCCGAGCUGCAAUGCAGCUGUCUCCCCGCCCCGACCCUCAUCGCAGCAUAG